UUCUCUAAAUUUAGCUCUACUUUAAAUCUGUCAUAUUAGCACAGUAGUAUUAAGUAGUUAAUUUCUUACACAUUUUAGGAACACAUCUACUUUAAUCCUUUUAGUUAAUGUUCUAACCCCUGUUAAUGUUUAGUGGCAAAAAUGAGUGUUGUCACUCAGGCCUGUUUGGUGUGGAGUGGGAGGGGUGUAUCCAUUAGUAACCAGCUAGGAUAGAGGCGUAUAGAAGAAAACACUAACCCUGAAAACUACAAACACUUGGAGCUUUUAGGAUUUCGAUUUCUGUAUAAAGACUGAAACCUGGCAUAUACUAAAUGGUUACCGGGUCAAGUGAAGGUGAAGUACCAAGGAAGGGUAAAACAGAAAUAGAAAGAAUAUUUCAGCAUGCAGAGUCAGGCCCUAAAUCAGGAAUGGCUUUAUCCACAAAGAUGUACAUUUACUAGUACAAUUUCAAGUCCUCGGUAUGUGGAUGUUGACAGUGGAAUUAUAAGUUUAUCCAGCACUGUCACUUACAGUGGAGGAAAAAGCCCUUUGUUUGUGGAGUCAUCAUCUUGUUUGACCAGGUCUGGAUUCUCCCAAACUCAGCCAGAAAGCAGCAUGGAGCUUAUCUUCCGAAAUUCUGAGACCAGGAAACGUGCCCUUGAAGAAAGCCUCAAGAAUGCUCAGAGUGCAAUACAGCAUCAGUCAAACAAACUGGGGCAACAGCAGACAGAAGUCCUCACUAGUGAAGCUACUAUUGACACUCUGUUAGCACAGCAAAAGGUAUUGGAAUUAAAAACCGCCCAGAUAAAAGAAAUGAAAUCUAAAUUUCCUUCAGCUGGCAAGAUUGACAUUUUGAAGCAAAGUGAACUGGAGAGAAGAAUUCAUUAUUUGGAGCAAGAAACUGACAACAUAAACUACAGAUUGGAUCAAGCAAGACGAAAAUAUUUGACCCCAGGUUCUUUUUUGCUCAAAACUGAGAAUAUACUUCCAACGGAUAAAUACAAACUGUCUGCAGAUCUUAUUUGUGACCAUGAAACGCUGGGGUCCAUAGUCAAGUGCAAUGAACAGAUGAUGGAAAAAGAGAAUCUCAAGAGAGAGUCUGAGCACUUAGGUGGCAGAAAAGAGAAAUACAGUUUCAACAUUAACCAACGUCAACUUGAAGAGAACCUUCAGAGGAAUUUAGAGAUGACUGGUCUGUCUUUAGAGAAAGAUCAGCUUUAUAAGGAUAAAUGUGAACUGCACCAGUCUGUCCAGCAAUUGUCUGCAGAUCUCAAUUGUGCAGAGAGAGACAAGGACACACUGGGGUCCACAGUUUCAAGUCUGCAUGCUGAACUUUUUCAAGUCAGGUGCAGUGAACAGAAGUUAGAAAGAGAGAAACUCCAGCUAGAAUCUGAGCUCUUAGGAAGCAGAAAAAUCAAUGAAGACAUGUUACAUGAGUUAAUGUCGCUACGACAAAAAAUGUGUUCUUCUGAGGAGACUAGUGUCCAUUUCGAGAACGAGAAGAGGGUUCUUACAGCAAGAAUCAAAACUCUGGAGACUGACCGACAACAGCUGAUCAGCCAAAAGGACUUGCUUCUACAGUCACUUAAAAAAUCAAGAAGAGAAAACAACUGUGACUCAAAGCAAGAACUGGACAGAACAACAUCAGAAGUCCAAUCUUCAGAGGUAAAAGAAUGUGUUAACUGUAAAAAACUGAAGGGAGAACUCUGGGAAGUUAAAGAACAGCUUGCCAUUCACCAGCAACCUGCUCAAUAUAUCAUGCAAAGUUGUGGGGAAGCCAUGUGCACUGAACCAAAGCUGCCAGCUGCUGAGAAGAAUCGGGUAGAUGCUGAAGAGAAGACCAGGAAACUUUUACUUCAAUUUGAUGAGGUACAGAAAAGCAUAGAAUACUUGGCAAGUCUGAGGCUAAAACUUGAACUGUUAGUGGAGAAAAAUAAAAGAAUAAUCAGUGAAAGUACGGACUGGGAUGAAAUAAUCAAGAUAAUGAAAAAACAGAAGAAUUUUCUUUCAAGAAUGGCUUCUUCACAAUUAAAUCUGAAGCAGAUGGUUUCAGAAAGUACACCACUGAAGCCGGAGAGUCAGACCUGUAAAUGUAUUCAUGACCCUGAAAUUCAAGGGGAAUCACAUGAUCAAAAACAAGAACAGCUAAGAACUCGCAUUAAACAGACUAAAGAAGAAACAGAAAAUGAAGAUUCCAGUCAAAGAUUACAGGAAACUGUAUGUCGACACGAGAACCAACCAAAAACAUGUAUUGCAUAUACCGAGAAUAAAAACAACGCUGAAGGCUUUUGGGGAAAAGACACACAGCUACAGCAAGAGAAAGCCCAAGAACUUCAAGAAGUGUCAACGUUAACAUUGAGCAAUGCAAUCAAGGACAUUGAAACGUGGAGAAAACAAAAUAAGAAAAACCUUGAACACCUUCUCGAUGAAAAUAUCUAUCUGAAGAAGGAAGAUCAACUUAAAGUCAAUAAGGGGCCUGUUUCUCUGGUCACAUGGCAAAACCACUUCAGCAAAGGGAUCCAAUUAUUGCAAUGACUUCUUCUCUAAUAGAGUUAUUAGUCCUGUUUUCUGUUCUAUGUGUCUGAAUAUACAGGUAGUGUGCAAAAAAUGGGAACACCUGGGUAAAUGAGGGACACCAAGUAUAUUGAAAGCAAAAGCUUCCACACAGGUGUGGCUCAUGUGUUAAUUAAGCAAAUAACAUCCCAGCAUGCUUAGGGUCAUGUAUAAAAAUGCUGGACAGGCCUGGUUGCCUAUAAUUAUGGUUAGCAUGGCUGGAAGAGGAGACCUCGGUGACUUUGAAAGAGGGGUGAUUGUUGGGGCGCGUUUGGCAGGAGCUUCAGUGACCAAGACAGCUCAACUUGCUGAUGUUUUACGAGCAACGGUGUCUAAGGUGAUGUUGGCAUGGAACUCCGAGGGAAAGACAUCAUCAGCAAAGGGCAACAGUGGGCGGAAGCGCAUACUCCAGGAUCGUGAUAUCCGUGCAUUAAUUCGAAGUGCAAGGCAAAACAGGCGAGCAACUGCAGAUCAAUUGACUGCAAAUUUCAACCUGGGGCGCGAGCAGCCAGUUUCAUCAAAAACGGUCCGUUAAGAACGGGAUACCAUAGUGGCCCAAUGCCCUAUUAAGUGACUUUACAUUGGUGUUUCCAUUUUUUUAUCCACUACCUGUAGGCACUGUAAUCUGCAGUUCGUUAAAAUGUGUAUUCGUUAUUGGCUGAUAAGUUUGAUCGAACUAGAAAGCUGCUUUUUCAAUUCUUUGAUUUUCUUAGAACAGCAUCUGUGUCGGCUGCCAUUAUAUAUGGUUAUGGUUCUCGUUCUAUUAGUUAUUUUUUUUUGGUAAAUAUAUAUAUUAUUAUUAUUUGUUUAUUUAGCAGACGCUUUUAUCCAAGGCGACUUACAGAGACUAGGGUGUGUAAACUAUGCAUCAGCUGCAGGGUCAAUUACAAUUACGUCUCAACCGAAAGACGGAGCACAAGGAGGUUAAGUGACUUGCUCAGGGUCACACAAUGAGUCAGUGGCUGAGGUGGGAUUUGAACUGGGGACCUCCUGGUUACAAGCCCUUUUCUUUAACCACUGGACCACACAGCCUCCUCAACAAUAAAAGAGAACAAGAACCACUUCCUGAAACACUGAAUAGCUCACCUUGCACUUCCUACUUCUUUUGAGGCUCCCACUCAUCACGCAAAAUAAACAAACUUUUAUUAAUUUUCACAUAUAAUAUUCUCAGAAUAUCAAUUGGAUAGCUGAUUCUCCUCUGAUGACUUUGCCUCUUUUUUUCUCUUCUAAAAUCUCAGAUAUCCGCAAACUCUUUAACACCUCUCCCACCCCCUCUUGCUCCAACCCCUACACCCACUGCAUCCCCUACUAACUCACCCUCCUUCUCCACCUUCUCUCCCCUCUCAGACUCUGACCUCUCCUCCCUGCUCCAGGGUCACAAACCCACCACGUGUGCCCUGGACCCCCUCCCCACUCACCUCUUUCAAGCUGCUGCUCCUGCAUUACUUCCCUUCAUCUCCUCCCUUCUCAACAGCUCUCUCCUUUCUGGUCUCUUUCCCUCUGCCUUCAAACAAGCCUCUAUCACUCCCCUCCUCAAAAAACCUACCCUGGAACCCACCUCCCUCCAGAGCUACCAUCCUGUCUCCCUCCUACCCUUCCUCUCCAAAACCCUCAAGCGGGCUGUACACCACAAGCUCUCUGCUUUCCUGUCCAACCACCCUCUGCUCGACCCUCUCCAAUCUAACCUGGCGUGGAGCAACCUCCACACCUCGCCCUCUCUCAACAGAAGUCCCCCAAGGGUCAGUCUUGGGUCCUCUUCUGUUCUCUCUCUACACCCGCUCCCUGGGCCCCCUCAUCGCAUCCUAUGGUUUCUCAUACCAUUUCUAUGCUGAUGAUGCUCAGAUUUUCCUUUCCUUCCCCACCUGACUCCACCAUCCCCUCCCGUAUCUCUACCACAGAUAUCAGGACUGCCCAGUCCCUGACCAUCUUCCGGCACCUCCUCAAGACUCACCUCUUCAGACAGCACCUGUAGAAACUCCUCUUUUCCAUCUGGACACUUAUCACUCUUCCUUAAAUGCGCUUUACUUGCUCUUAUCUGCUCCCUAUUUUAUUGCAUUUAAUCCUGUACUUUAGAGUACUGUAAUAUGUCAGUGUCAUUUAAUAUGUAGUACUUUGUAUUUAAUUAUAUCCUAAUGUAACUAUAACUGACACUGUUAUCUGCUCCGUUAUUGAAUUGCAUUUUGUCAUACUUGUACUUGCUAGAACCGAAGUGAUUGUAUUUUAUCUUGCUCUUAAUUGUAUUAAUACUUGUACUGUGAUUCUUGAAAUGUAUUUUUGUUUACGACUGUAAGUCACCCUGGAUAAGGGCGUCUGCUAAGAAAUAAAUAAUAAUAAUUUAUCUAAUUUCAGGCAGCAUUUCUUAUUUUAUUUUACUAUAACAUGCGCUGUUGGUUUUGGAUUUCUCUUGUAAGGUAUACUUGGAGGCAUGAGAAACCAUUGCAUACAUUUUAUUAUGAAAAUGAAAAUAGUGUUUUGUCUGAAAUUGUGCAGCAUUUGUCCAUAUAAUGUGUUAAAAAAACAAAGUUGUGUUUGUUCACAGAUUACUGCCCUAAUAAUUGAACUGAAAAAUAUAAGGAAGGCCUACACUGCAGUUUUGGGGCAUUGUGACAGCCCUGAAGAUACAGAAGCUAUAAACUGGAUCAACAGAUCAAAACUU